AUGAGCAGCGAACAGAAGAGCGAUGCUCAUGGAGGCUACUUCGUAGGCCAUCCAACCAACCACGCCGCCGAGAAGACGGAAGAACCACCACACGCCGCCGGCGACCAGAACCCGGUGACCGCGCAAACUCCUGGCGGUAGGUUCAUGCUUUGCCGCUUCAGCUCAUUCAUUCAUAUAAAGGAUCCAGACAUGCACACAUCGUUGUUCAGUUUUCUGGAUUUGCUGUCUUCUUGCCAAUUUAAAACUGGACCCAUUUAUGUUAUCUGUCCGAAUCUGUCCGUGCCUCGCCGGCGGUGGAGCUGCGGAAUAGAUCAAGAACUGCCUCUUGCUGCCCUGGAGAACUCGGCGCAGGCACCUGCCAGCGCGCGAGCAGAGCCGCUGCAGUCCGAGGCUGCGGGCGAGGUCGAGCAUGACGCCGAGCGCGCGGACGAGAUCGAAAAGCACCGAGUCGACGCCCUUGUCGACGAGCACCACCUCCAGCGAGGACUCGGUGGUGUCCACUGCCCGCAGCGGCCCGGCAAGCCUGGCUCUCGGGGCGCGCGACCCGCCGCUGGGUCGUCACUUCUGGGGGCCUCCGGGGCUCCGCCGCAGCCGGAGCCGGCAGCAGCCAUGGAGACGGCGUCCUGCUGCUUCACUGGUCCAGAUCCACUCGACGCCUUCCUGAUUCGUCCGGAUCUGGUUGGGGUAGGCGACCCCUACCCGGAGAUGCAAGAUGAGACAGGCAGCUGCUUCAAAAUGUGUGUCCCGUCGGAAUAA